AUGUCUGUCAAGUUUCAAGAGGAGACUAUCCGCACCGUCACUGGCGGCAAGCCAGAGGACUUGGUGCACCGCGUCGGCGAGCGAUUGACUGGCGGAAACACCACUACCGGUUACCUCCAGGCCUACCUCCGUCAGCUCCAGCACAACCCGCUGCGCACCAAGAUGCUCACCUCCGGUGUGCUCUCGGGUCUUCAAGAGCUCCUCGCCUCCUACCUGGCUAAGGAUGUCGGCAGGCAUGGCCACUACUUCUCCUCGCGCAUCCCUAAGAUGUCGCUCUACGGCAUGUUCGUCGCCGCACCCCUCGGCCACGUCCUCAUCGGCAUCUUGCAGCGCAUCUUUGCCGGCCGCACCAGUCUGAAGGCCAAGAUCCUCCAGAUUCUGGUCAGCAACUUGAUUAUCUCCCCCAUCCAGAACUCCGUCUACCUGUGCUCCAUGGCGGUUAUCGCUGGUGCGCGUACCUUCCACCAGGUCCGCGCUACCGUUCGCGCCGGCUUCAUGCCCGUCAUGAAGGUCAGCUGGGUUACCUCCCCGCUGGCUCUGGCCUUUGCCCAGAAGUUCCUCCCCGAGCACACCUGGGUGCCGUUCUUCAACAUCCUCGGUUUCUUCAUUGGAACCUAUGUGAACACCCACACCAAGAAGAAGCGUCUGGAAGCUCUGCGCAAGCGCUAUGACCAGCGCGACCAGCGCGACUCACGCCGGGACUAUGAGAAGCGCGACUACCCUUAG